CACCGGCCAACCAAUGAACCUUACUUCCUUGUAUGCAUAACUAGAUAGAAAAGCCUUACUUCUUUGUAUACAAAACCGAAUAUAAAAGCACCAUUUCCUCGCAUUAUAUAACCAAGUGAUUUCCGUAAUCCAAUCCAACAUCAAUAACAUGGAUCAUCAUCCAAUAUCCGAAGACCCCAAAACCCCGCUUCUCCCUCUCCACGAUCAAAUCCAACGGUCGCAGAGCUUCCAUUCAUCCUUGAAAUCCAUUAUAACACUCAAGAACUUCUUCAUCCUCCUCGGACCUCUUCUUUGCACCAUCAUAUGCCUCUGUGUGAAGCUAGAUGGCCCGGUGGCCAGCUGGAACAUGUUGGCAGUGCUGGUGUGGGUGUUUGCUUGGUGGCUCACGGAGGCCGUGCCCAUGCCAAUUACCUCCAUGUCCCCACUCUUUCUCUUCCCUUUCUUUGGAAUAUCCUCUGCUGAUGAUGUUGCUCAAUCUUACAUGGACGAUGUUAUUGCCCUUCUUCUUGGAAGCUUUAUAUUGGCUCUUGCUGUUGAGCAUUAUAACAUCCACAGAAGAUUGGCCUUGAAUUAUUCCAGAACACAGAUAACCCUGGUGUUCUGCGGAGAUCCCUUGAAUCCACCAUUGCUGCUGCUGGGAAUAUGUGGGACCGCAGCAUUCAUCAGCAUGUGGAUGCACAACGUGGCAACUGCGGUGAUGAUGAUGCCCGUAGCCACUGGCAUUCUCCGACGGUUUCCGACGGGUCCCGACCAAUCCGUGGUUGUGAGCAACUUUUGCAAAGCCGUGAUUCUGGGGGUGUUGUACUCCAUAACCAUAGGAGGGAUGAGCACUCUGACGGGGACAGGUGUCAAUCUCAUAUUGGUUGGAAUGUGGAAGAGCUAUUUCCCACAAGCAGCUCCGAUCACCUUCAGCACCUGGUUCUGUUUCGCCUUCCCUUCGGCAUUGUUGAUGUUCUUGGCUUUGUGGGGUUUGCUUUGUUGCUUGUAUUGCUCAAGGGGUUCAGGCCAGGCUCUCUCUGUUUAUUUAGACAAAGCCCAUUUGAAGAAGGAACUCGAAUUGCUAGGUCCAAUGGCUUUUGCUGAGAAGAUGGUACUGGCUUUGUUUUCGAUGCUGAUUGUUUUGUGGAUGACAAGAAGCAUAACGGAGGAUAUUCCGGGCUGGGGAGUCCUCUUCAACGGACGUGCCGGAGAUGGAACUGUCAGUGUUAUGAUUGCAACUUUUUUGUUCAUAAUUCCAAGCAAAAAACAAAAAGGUGAGAAGUUGAUGGACUGGGAAAAAUGCAAGAAGCUACCCUGGAAUAUCAUAUUGUUACUAGGUGCUGGUUUAGCCAUAGCUGACGGAGUUCGAUCCAGUGGCCUUGCUAAUUUAUUAUCUGAAACCCUAGAUUUUUUGGAGGCAGUCCCAUAUGUUGCCAUUGCACCUGCGGUGUGUCUCAUAAGUAGUUCCAUCACUGAGUUGAUCACAUCAAACAAUGCGACAGCCACGCUUAUUAUUCCUCUCCUAAUUCAAAUUGCCAAAAGUAUGCAUGUGCAUCCUCUCCUUCUGAUGAUUCCGGGUGGCAUUGGGGCACAAUUUGCUUUCUUGCUUCCUACGGCAACUCCUUCAAAUACCGUAGGAUUCGCCACUGGCCACAUUGAGAUCCAAGAUAUGAUCAAGAUUGGCUUGCCAUUGAAGAUUGUUGGGAUUGCUGUGUUGUCCCUUUUGAUGCCCACUCUUGGAGUUUAUGUAUUUAGGACAAGUGAACCAGUUCAAUGACUUGAAAGUUCAAUAAUGUUACGAUGUCUCACAAAAUCUCAAAGCAUAACAAAAAGCAGAACAUGUUUUGUUAGCGAUAGUCCUAUGAUUCCAUUCAUUUGUGAGUCUAUCUGUGAUUGUGAGAUACCUGUAUGAAUUCGAAGCAUGAUUUUAAAUUUACAUUUCAUAUA